AGUCAGAGCAAGGAGUGGAGUUUCGUUUUAACACGGGCGUACCUGAAUGUACCAGGCUUCGGAAGUAUUUCCCACACCCCGUGAACGCAGCACGGAGCUCCAGCGGUGGGAGCAGCCAGCCAGCGUCUCCGCGCCGCGGCCCCCUCCUCCCUCCCUGUUCCGAGUGAAAACUGAGAUAGUGAGGAAAAAAGCAACGGGGGGACAGACCCAGGAGGGAGAAAGCUUCAUGUAUUAGCGAGUCUACGGCUUUCAGGUACUUUCCCUCCCCACCCUUGUUUCGUUUUUGCCCGCACAAACCAAUGUGCAUCAAUGUGGCAAUAUCCAGCGCGAGCUUUAUUCGCUUGGAAAACGUCGUAAAUCUGAGCGCUCGCUCGCUCAACGACAAGCCUGACCGCCGAGGCUUAGCGCCACUAAACUCCAGCUAGCCUCCCCGGGCUAACUUAGCCUGCCCCCAGCGCCCAAGAAAAGGUCCGAAACCAGAGAUUUGCGGCCAGGGGAGUUUCGGCGAGCGGUGACGCCGCGGCGAGAGUUCAACUCGUAAUGUUCCCCCCACGGAUUAGCGUCGCGGACGGAUGAGAAGGAGGACGUCGACGGGCAGCGGAGCGAAGACAACAGCGGGUCGGCCGUCCGCCGCUAUGCUGGGCUCGACGCUCAGCCCCGGCAGCCCGUCGGGGCGCCGAGGCUGGCCUCACUCGGUGCUGUGGAGGCUCGGCGGCUUCUUCUUCCUGCUGCUGCUGGAAGGCACCGGCUGCCUGGCCAGCCAGAGCGGCCCGGCAGGCGGCCACAUCGACAGCAGCCACCCCGGUGUCAACAUUUACAUGAGCGUGGAGGAGGUGAAGAGGCUGUUAGGUCUAGAUGCUGAGCUGUACUAUGUACGAGAUGGAGUGGUGAAUCAUUAUGCUCUCUCCUUCAACAUGCCUGUGCCCACUGAGACCAACAGCCUUUAUUUCACCUGGUAUUCCAGGUCAAAGGUUGAUUAUCGACUGGCGUUCCACGUGGACAACCCCGCUGCCCUGAACGCCCCUUGGAGCAACAUCUCCAGUCAGGGAGAGGUGCCUCGCCUUCCCUCAGUCUUCAGGGUGGACGUCGUCUGCUCAGAGAACGUCGACGAAGAGGCGUUUGUUACAAUGCAGCUCAACCUCACCAGCCAUGCCGACGACUUCACAGUGCUCAACUUCAAGAGGAGGAAAAUGUGCUUCAAAAGAACAGGAAUUGACUCCGAAUCCAGCAUUCCCGUAUCUAUCAACAAUAACAGCGCUCUCACAACAGGCUUUAUUGGCGUGCCCACUCCCACCACCUCCACUCAGGUGUUCUACAUAAGCGUGAGCGUCUGCUGCAUUGUAAUAUUUCUUGUGGCCAUCAUCCUGGCCAUCCUUCACCUGCACAGCGUGAAGAGGGUGGAGAUGGAGGACAGUGUGAGUGACAGUGGAAGCUCGCAGGGUCUUUCUCAACCGUCCACCCAGACCACGCAGUACCUGAGGGCCGAUACUCCAAACAACGCCGCUUCUGUCACCAACAAUCACCCUGGCUCUGCACCCAUUCUCCAGCUUGCUGCCUCCUCCUUCCAAAACCCAGGUGCCCCCCCUCAUGAAGCCAAAAGUUACCCAUCUCUCCGAAUAGAGAAGAACGACCUGAGGAGUGUGACGUUAAUGGAGGCCAAGGCCAAAGUCAAAGACAUCGCGAUCUCCAGGGACAGAGUCACCCUGCGAGACGUCUUACAGGAAGGCACUUUUGGCCGCAUCUUCCACGGCGUGCUGCUGGAUGAAAAGGACCCCGCCAAGGAGAAGCAAGUGUUUGUAAAGACGGUGAAAGAUCAUGCUUCAGAGGUGCAGGUGACCAUGAUGCUGACUGAAAGCUGUAAACUUAGAGGACUGCAUCAUAGGAACCUGCUGCCCAUAUGCCACGUGUGUACAGAGGAGGGAGAGAAGCCCAUGGUACUGCUGCCCUUCAUGGUCUGGGGCAAUCUAAAGCUGUUCCUGCGCCAGUGCAAGCUAGCCGAGGCUAACAACCCUCAGGCAAUCUCUCAGCAGGACCUGGUUUACAUGGCCAUCCAGAUUGCGUGUGGAAUGAGCUACCUGGCUCGCAGGGAGGUCAUCCACAAAGACCUCGCUGCUCGGAACUGUGUCAUUGACGAUAACAUGCAGGUGAAGAUUACAGACAACGCCCUCGCUCGAGAUCUAUUUCCGAUGGAUUACCACUGUCUGGGGGACAAUGAGAACCGUCCUGUCCGCUGGAUGGCCCUGGAAAGCUUGCUCAACAACGACUUUUCCAGCGCCAGUGACGUGUGGGCCUUUGGAGUGACGCUGUGGGAGCUCAUGACCUUGGGGCAGACCCCCUACGUCGACAUCGACCCCUUCGAGAUGUCUGCCUACCUGAAGGACGGCUACAGAAUAGCACAGCCUAUCAACUGUCCGGACGAACUGUUUGCUGUGAUGGCUUGUUGCUGGGCGCUGGACCCAGAGGAGAGGCCCAAGUUUCAGCAGCUCGUUCAGUGCCUCACAGAGUUUCACGCUGCGCUGGGUGCCUACGUGUAAAAAGGGGGCACAUCCACGCAGACAACAGCUGAGGAAAAAGAAAAACACUAAGCGAUGUUGGACUCUAUUUACACAUGUAUAAAAAUGUGCCUUAUCAGAUGCAGGAGCAGACUCACCCGAUGACUUUACUUUGUACAGUUCUUUUUGUGUUUAAUUGCCUUUUUACAGCAUAGAGGAGUAAAAAGAUUAUUUUCUCUUGUUUUGUUUGCUUUAAAAGCAUCCCCCCCCCCCCCCCAAGAGGACUGGAACAAUGGAACCGUGUCCUGCUCCGUAUGACUCGUCAACAUUUACGGCUGAACUCUUCCAGAUCGGUUUAAGCUUCUAAAACUGAGCGUUUCUACACUUUUAUUAUGUAGGAGAACAGUGUAGAUUGUAGAUUGGGUUUGGGUACCAAAGCAGACUCGUUGGUACAGCUUGUGUCGUCCCGGAUGUGUUGCUUUGCCCUGUUAUGGUGAGCUGCAGCUCGGUACGAGAGGUAACCUGGAAACCCCACUCAGACUUGUAAUUGUUGGGAUAUUCCUGCGAGCUCUUCAAAUGGUACAGCGCUUCCUCUGGAUGAGUCUCCUUUCCUGCGAUUUAUUGGUGCCAACACUUGGUGGAAACGAGCCGGCUGGUUUUUAUGGCUGCUCCGUGGACAGGACCGCUGCUCCGAUUGCAGCGAAGCCACACACACACACACACACACACACACACAGUCCUGCUUUCAGAUUCAGCUUCUUCCAUUUGCAUUUUACAGACUAAUUAUUGGAACGCCCCUUUGCUUUUUUUUUUUAAUUAGUGCAUUUGAUCUAUGCCCUCCAAUUAUUGCUUUUUUUAUAUAAGCUUGAUUGUUCUGUGUCAGAACACAGCCCUAAACAGAAUUUUCUGAGUGAUUUGUAGAAACUGUUAAGCUAUCAAUCACUGUGAAAACACACGACUGCCAACCAGCGUGCUCUCCUUGUAUUCUUCACGUUUAACAUCUUAGUGAUGUGUUGUUGUUUUUUUACGGUCACUGCAUGUUGAGAUGAGCUUGUAAACUGCUUCCCAAGUUCAUAUCCACAAAUAAAAUGGGAAUUUUUAAAAAAA